GUUUCUCUGUCGCUUACAGAAAAAUGGAUCACUUAAGGCUUUGGAGGACUCAAUUAUCACAGUACUCCUGUACCACCAACUAAGAUUUAUACGACAGUUUAUGGCAACAAAUCUUCAUAUUAUAGAACCACUGGAGAAUUAAAAGAAUAUAUUCUUCCAUAAAAUAAUCCUAUAGUAUCAUGUUACUAAAUAAAACUAAAAUGUACACUAUUUAAGUUAUUAAGCAUACAUGUGCAGCAGCUACUGUGUAUUGACAGUUACCAAACCUCAAAUUUAAAGAUUUUCCUUCAUGAAAAGGGUUACUAUAUUUUGCAAGAAACCACUGAACAUUGUCAUUAAAUAUUUUUUUCAGUGAAGUAUCAUUUAGGAAAUUUUUCUUGAAGCAAAUUCUAUAAAGUUCCAAGUCCUACCAUUGAGUGAGUUUGAUAUUAUGGCAGCAACUUACAGACUUGUGGUUAGCACUGUGAACCAUUAUAGCAGUGUGGUGAUAGACCGGCGAUUUGAACAAGCCAUACAUUAUUGCACUGGAACCUGCCAUACCUUCACACAUGGAAUAGACUGCAUUGUGGUGCAUCAUAGUGUUUGUGCAGACCUCUUGCAUAUCCCUGUGUCUCAGUUCAAAGAUGCGGAUCUGAACUCUGUGUUUUUGCCCCAUGAAAAUGGGCUUUCCUCAGCUGAAGACUAUCCUCAUCAAGCCCUCACAGGCAUACCCAGGGCCAAGAGAGCAUCUACAUUUCAAAAUACCUGUAACGUAAAGGAUAUUGCUGGAGAAGCAAUCAGCUUUGCCAGUGGGAAAAUAAAGGAAUUUUCCCUUGAAAGACUCAGAAACUCAAACCAUGCAGCUUAUAAAAAAGGAAGGAAAGUUAAAUCUGACUCAUUUAAUAGGAGGUCAGUUGAUUUUGACUUACUCUGUGGCCAUUAUAAUAAUGAUGGGACCUCUCCAUCCUUUGGCUUACUCCGGAGUUCCUCAGUUGAGGAAAAAUCUUUAUCUCACAGAAAUUCAUUUGAUGCAAAUCUGACUUCCAUGUUUUCUCAGAACUUUUCUGAAGAAGACCUAGUUACUCAGAUUUUGGAAAAACAUAAAAUAGAUCAUUUUUCUCCUGGGACAGACAUAAAAAUGUGCUUGGACAUCUUACUGAAAUGCUCUGAAGAUUUGAAAAAAUGUACAGACAUCAUUAAACAAUGCAUAAAGAAAAAGUCAGGCAGUAGCAUCAAUGAAGGAAGUGGCAGUGAUGCAGUUCCUAACUCUGAAACUGUCUAUAUGAAUGUAAUGACCAGGUUAGCAUACUACCUGAGAAAGUUACCAUUCGAAUUUAUGCAGUCUGGGAAUAACGAGACCAUAGAUUUAACAGAAUUUGUCAAUAAUAUACCUAACUUACAACUGACUCCAUUCUCCCCAUUAUAUGGGACUGAACAGCCCCCCAAAUAUGAGGACAUUGUCCACCUCUCGGCCCUUGAUUCUGGACAGUUUCAGACUGUUGAAUUACAAGAUGAAAAGCAUAAUUUUAAACAAACAGGCACUGUUAAAGCCACUCCAAGCAACACAAAUUCCUUGUGUAGCUUGGAGGUAAAAGAUUCUGGAACUCCAAAACAUGUGCCGCUUCAGCCACCAUCAUUAACCAGGAAUCAUUUAGAGAGUGUUUCUUCUGGUGACUUGAUCGAAACUCUUUAUAUUGAAGAAGAGUCAGAUGGAAAGAAGUCAUCAUUAGAUAAAGGGCAAAAAGCAGAGAACGGACAAGGUCAAGAACCAUUAAAGAUAAAUGAACAUAAAGAAUUUUCAGACCAUGACACUCUUCUUAAAAAGUGUCCUGCCUCAGUGCAAAAUGAAAUUGGUAAGAUAUUUGAAAAGCCGAUGAUGGUUCAUCUACCUAAGGAAGAAUCUAAAUUAGAAGUUCCCACCAUAGAACUAGGAAACCAGAGACACGUUCUGAAUCCUAACAGUCAAGAAGAGAUAGACAAACUGUUAAUGGAUUUGGAAUCAUUUUCACAGAAGAUGGAGACCUCUCUAGGGGAACCUCUGGCCAAGAGUAAAAGCAUCAGCUCUCUAAAUAGUCAUAGUCAUGUGACUGGUCAGACCCAUGCAGAUCUUGAACCUAAACCUGUAGUCUCUUCACCUACUGAAAAAGUCGCACCUUCUUGUCUUACAAAGAUUAUUGAAAACAAUGGACACAAAAUAGAGGAAGAAGACCGAGCCCUCUUACUUCGAAUUCUGGAAAGCAUUGAAGACUUUGCUCAAGAACUAGUUGAAUGCAAGUCAGGCAGAGGGAGCCUAUCACAAGAAAAGGAAAUGAUGCAAAUUCUACAGGAAACCUUGACAACUUCCUCCCAGGCCACCCCAUCAGUCUGUAGGAGCCCUGUUGGUGAGAAACCCAAAGAUAAUACUUCAGUUGUUUUGAUUCAGCAGACACCGGAGGUGAUCAAGAUUCAAAAUAAACCAGAAAAGAAACCUGCGACGCCACUUCCACCUGCAGCCACCCUCCCAAGCAGUCCCCAGCCUGUCUCCUCUGUUCCUUGUGAGAACGAUGUUGUGAAUACACCGUUGUCCAUAAACAUUCCACAGUUCUACUUUCCUGAAGGACUCCCAGACACCUGCAGUAACCAUGAACAAAUCCUAAGCAGAAUCGAAACUGCUUUCAUGGAUAUUGAAGAUCAGAAAGCAGAUAUUUAUGAAAUGGGGAAAAUUGCAAAGGUCUGUGGCUGUCCACUCUAUUGGAAAGCCCCCAUGUUCAAGGCUGCAGGAGGAGAGAAGACUGGAUCUGUGACAGCACAGUCAUUCGUUGCCAUGUGGAAAAAGUUGCUAAGAAGCCAUCAUGACGAUGCCUCCAAGUUCGUCUGGCUUCUGGCGAAGCCCAGCUGCAGCUAUCUAGAACAGGAGGAUUUUAUUCCUUUACUGCAGGAUGUGGUAGAUACACACCCUGGCCUCACCUUCCUAAAAGAUGCUCCAGAAUUCCAUUCCCGCUACAUCACCACGGUUGUUCAGAGAAUAUUCUACACAGUCAACAGAUCUUGGAGUGGAAAAAUUACUUCAACAGAGAUAAGGAAAAGCAACUUUUUGCAAACUCUGGCCCUUUUGGAGGAAGAGGAAGACAUAAACCAAAUCACAGAUUACUUCUCUUAUGAACAUUUCUAUGUCAUUUAUUGUAAAUUCUGGGAACUAGAUGGUGAUCAUGACUUGUACAUCAGCCAAGCUGAUCUAUCUCAAUACAAUGACCAGGCUUCAUCAAGUAGAAUUAUUGAAAGAAUAUUUUCUGGAGCAGUAACAAGAGGAAAAGCAGUACAAAAAGAAGGAAGAAUGAGCUAUGCAGAUUUUGUUUGGUUUUUGAUUUCUGAGGAAGACAAACGGAGCCCUACCAGUAUUGAGUAUUGGUUCCGCUGCAUGGAUGUGGACGGUGAUGGCAUACUUUCCAUGUAUGAACUGGAAUACUUCUAUGAAGAGCAGUGCGAACGGAUGGAAGCCAUGGGCAUCGAGCCCUUGCCAUUCCAUGACCUGCUGUGCCAGAUGCUUGACUUGGUGAAGCCAGCUAGUGAUGGCAAAAUAACUCUACGAGAUCUGAAGAGGUGCAGAAUGGCACAUAUCUUCUAUGACACUUUCUUUAACCUGGAGAAAUACUUGGACCAUGAACAGAGAGAUCCUUUUGCAGUGCAGAAGGAUGUUGAAAAUGAUGGCCCUGAGCCCUCUGACUGGGACAGAUUUGCUGCUGAGGAGUAUGAGGCUCUUGUCACAGAGGAAUCCACCCAGGGGCAACUCCAGGAAGGCUCCUUUGAAGAUUAUGAAGCAGAUGAACCUGUGUCUCCCUCUGACUUUGGAAACAAGGGCAAUAAAAUAGUAACUUCAAGCCUUUCAGAGAAAUGUGGAAAGCUUCAGUCAGUGGAUGAAGAGUAGUUGCCAGUACCUACACAAAAAGGAUGGUGUGUAGAAAUGUUCUAGUUUGCACACUGCUUUGUAAAGGCUUUGG